CAAGACCGGAAGUUAUGUUUGAUGAUGCCGCAUGCGCGAGGGAAAUAGAGUUGCUAGCGCGAGUGUAAAUAACGAAGCAAAGUAUAUAAAGUUAAGAAGUAGCUUUAUUUCGUAUUUAAGUUGUCUUUUGUAGCAUUAGCAAGCUUCUAGGCGUUUAACCUAGCUAACUGAGGUUGCAUUAGCAAGCUGUGUCUCUUAACAAUCACAUUAAUUUAAAUGUAUUUAACGUUAGCCAGCUAGCCACGCAUAGCUUAAUUCGUUGGCAACUCCAAACAACGUCGACGUUUUGAGAUAAUUCGUACUUUAAAGUAAACACUUCAUUUGAAAGUUCUUCUCUCGUAUCUUUGAGAUGUAUUCUUUUUCGUUCUAACUUAGUGUCGUAAACAGCUGUUGGGAAUGUUGCCUCGCUUGAGUCAUGAAGGGACAACAAACGAUUCAGAGGACGAAGAAGAGCCCGAGCGUCCUCUCAGUGAAUUCUACCCAUAUAUCCGCUGUGCCCUGUGCAGUUACUUCCUCAUCGAUGCCACCACCAUCAUAGAGUGCCUGCACACAUUUUGCAAAAGCUGCAUCGUGAAGCACUUCUUCUACAACAACAGGUGUCCAACAUGCAGCACUGUAGUCCACCAGACACAACCGACGUACAACAUCAGACCUGACAGACAACUGCAGGAUAUUGUUUACAAAAUGGUUCCCUUCCUGGAGGAGUCCGAAAGAAAACAAAUGUGUCAAUUCUACAAGGAGAGAGGGCUGGAUGUGCCAAACACAGUUGUAAUCUCGCCUCCAGGUCCUGUUGUCAUAAAGAGGCAGAAGAAAGAGAACAUUCCCCCGUCUGUGUUCACCAUCCCUCCUGAGCUGGAUGUAUCUCUGCUGCUGGAGUUUGUUGGGGCUGAAGAGGGCAUCGCUAAUUACAAGUACAUUUCACCCUGUCCCUGUUUAGCCGUUAGAGAGGCGGUACGUCCGUGUGUCCGGGGAGGCCACUGUGCGCCACGUGGAGAUCUUCAUCAGGAGGAUGAUGGAGCUGAGCUCAGCAUGCCAGGUGGACGUGGUUUGUGGAGAUCACCUCCUCGAUCACUUCCAGUCCCUCAAGGACAUUCAGAGCUUUGUGGGUGAAGAGGCACUGCAGGACGGUCUGUUGGUGCUGCAUUUUGGCCUGGUCCUGCCCUCCCAGCCAUGAGCACGAGAGGUGGAUGUAGUCCAUGAACUCAUCACUUGGAUUUCCUUUAUUUAUUAACAGUCUGAAAUGAAAAGAUCUAAACAUUUAAAACUGCAACGUUCAAUUGUUUUAAUAAUAUUAUCACUGGGCAUUCAGGACAGCCCUGGUUUCUGUUUCUUGCGGACAGACAUUUGAUUAACAGAAGUGUCAUCAUGCAAAUUGAAUUAAACCCGAGUCCUUGUCUUACUGCCAAGAUGUCUUUGAAGGCAUCGUUCCAGGUGCUUCCUUCCACAGCACAACGUUGUGCCUGCUGCUGUCGCUAAAACGUGUGUGUGUGCGUUUUGAUUACUUAUGUUUUUUGGAAACCAGGAACUAUAUCUUAUUUUCUUUAUUUAUCAUCUCAAGGUCUGAGCGGAGUUUCAUAUUGAUUGUUGUGAUUUAAGGGCUUGAAACAAAAGGACCUCAACUACCAAAGGUUUUUGUGUGGAGCUUUAUAUACUGUUUAUUUUAUUUACAGCUUGCUUUGUGUUGAUUGACAUAUUUAAUUCAAUGGCAUUUGUAUAUUCUGCUGAUGGGGUUUGUUCAAAAAUCAUUUCCUACUCAGUUGUCAGAAUGAAUUAAUAAAUGACUGCUCAACUGAGGUAUGUUUCUCGAUUCA